AUGGUUAUUUUCACUGGGGGCAAAAGCGUUGCCAUCAAUUCCCCUCGUCAUCUCACCCUUCGUCAUGCCAGGAAUGCUGUCCAGUCAACCAAAGGGUCCGAAGCACUUGAGCCCGAGGUCCUAGAGAUCGAUUCUCUCGAGACCUCAGCUGAUGAGCCCAUCGAAGACCCGACUCCACCUUUGGAGGCAGGCCAGGCUCAACUUCACUCGUACUGGGCUCCAGGUCUAGAAGCUGGCAAAAAGCAUGAGAUUUCCGUGAUUCAAGACAUCAAGGCCCCGACUGAUGAACGUACUCUUCGCCUCACUGCGAAGCAAAACUUCUAUGUUGACGCUCCUCAAUUCGUUCUGCCCGAGGGCUCUGUCUAUUCUUUCUAUCCUCCUCAAGGAUACGCUGAUGAUCGUCGCAUUCUGCCUCAUAUUGUUUUGAGCGACCCUCAUCUUCCCUGGGAGAGAAUAGGAAGUCCAUCGGCUGAGCACAAUGAUGACACUCGCAACAAAGUCCCCUGGCUUGCGCUCUUCACUUUUAGCCAUGAUGAAUUGCUUCUUCAACCUGGGGGGCUAGGCGAGAAGGAGACCAAACAAAGUCAAGCUGGGGCUGUUAAGAUGACAGUCGGCGACUUCCUGAAGCUUGACAACAUCGCAACACCUAUUGUUGCUGAUCCUAGCAAGGACGUCAAAGAUCUCGGUGCAGAGUUCAUCUUUGUCAAAGCUGAUCUCUUCACAAGUCUCUUUUCUACCUUUGAUGACAAGAACAACAGACAAGUUGGGAAACAUCCCAACACGGAUCAGUACAAGUAUCUCUCUCACGUUCGCAAGAUCAACACCAAAGGAAUGGCCAUCGCAGGCGUUGAAGACUUUGGCAUCUUCUCCUGUGUCAUCGGCAACCGCUGUGGUCCACUGAACAACCCAACAGCCGCCAACAUCUCUGUCCAUCUUGUCUCCAUUGAGGGAGUCGAAGAGAUGGAAUGGCCAAAGUCAGGCCAAAGCCGUGUCGGGCUCUGUUCCCUGCAUAACUGGACCUAUACGGUUCUACCACCAGGACAGUUCAAUGUCAGAGACGCUUUUGAGCAUCUUGGUAGAGAACUCAAUGUUCUUCGCCCUGCUGAAACGGUCUUCAAACCACUUCAGACCUCCGGAAGUAAAGUCUCCGUGCGACUUGGUGACAGGGUAAAAGACGGGUACUCCCUCGUUCAGUACCGGGUUCAGACCGGUGAAAAGACGGUGGCAUUAUACCGCGGCCCUUUCACGCCUGUUAGAGUCGAUCUCAAUGAACAGCUGAAUAAGUGCUCCAAUUCUGGCCAAGACUUUCAGAUCCUCGAUAAGAAGGUCGGCCUGAUGGACAUCAGCUACUCUAUAGCAUGGCAGAUUGGUAGAACACUUGCCCUUGGCGACAAAGCUUAUGUUGCUGCAUUAUCUCGUCUACGCUCCAUUCUCCGCACCAAGACUAUGAAGGCGUGCAAGAUUGACGCUGUCACCGACGCAGGAACGGAUCAAAGUUAUCGGUCGCGAGAUGAUCUACUUAAAGAUCUGCCAAAGACUAUUGAACGUCUUCAUCAGAUACAGCUCGCAGUUCCUCCCACGUCUGUUGGCGAUGGACCUCACUACUUUGCACCCGGAGGUGCCAAGAAGCGAUGGUAUCGUCCGGAACUAUCUAAAAGGCAGUAUCCCAAACUUGGCUUUUCUGCAAAGCCGAUUCAGGAGAAAUACCUAGAAGCAGCUGUAGAGAUUGUUCUCAAGGAACUCUCCAUGGGGAAAGAUGGUCGUGUCUACGAUGAAACUAAUGACCCUGUCUCUACGGACUGGAUGGUAGUCCUGGCUUGGAUUCUAGAUCGUAUGUUCCUCGACAGAAUUCCUGCGCAUUAUUUGAUCUCAGAUCCAAGCCAUUUACCCCCCGAGAGUCUGCGCUUCUUUCACAUUGAUCCCAACUGGGUUGAUGCGAUGAUUGACGGCGCUUUGAGCUUGGCGAACCACAUGGGCCAGGACCUAGACAGAGUUGCCAUCAAACACGGCAUCAAUCGUUACCUGGAGUACCAGUCACCUAAACUGACUCAUCGUCCACAAGUCCCAACUUACGGCUUUUACCUCCGUUCUGAUCUCGUCACUCUAUACCCUGAUCUGAGGGUCAACACCACUGGGGCUGAUACUGGUCGUGCACCUUUGCUCCGCCAUGAGAUCAUCGCAGACGGUGUCAUGCUGGGGUUGUUCGAUUGCAUUCCUGGUCAAGACUUCAAAACCUUAAACUUUACUCAGCCUCCGCAUCAGCAACGAUUUUCUGCUGGUUGGUACCUCGAGGCCGACAAGUUGCAGAUAUCUAUUGGAAGGGAGUUCACUGUUGAUGCGAAGCACCAAGACUACUCUAAGCCUGAAGAACCUUGGCAAAGGGUCACUAUGCUUCCGAGCUCAGAGGACAAUUGGUUCACAUGGAGCACUAUCCCAAAGCCACUCGUGGGUGGAAAAGACGAAGGUGAUCCAGAUGCUGACCUGCGUAUCCUUCGUCUUCCUUCCUUCGUUCAGAAACAAAUGGAUCUACUCAACGCAAACAUGGGAUCCUUCGAUGACGGGGGAAACAAGCAGGAUUACUUCCAUGAUACUGUUCCAAACUCUGCACUUCUUGCCAUGCAGCUCAAUGAUCCCUACUAUCAGCUGAUCAUCUCUUUGGACAAGGAAGAGGCAUCAGGUCAAGCAACCUCAUCACCGCUGUCUGGUCUGAGGACUGCAGCGACUGGGCCGGUGCAAGAACUCCGUAGCCUGCGGUUCAUUACACCCACCACUGUUCCUCGCGUCCCACAACCAGAUGAUGUUGACCUCGAUCCACUAGAAUCAGACACCAUUGUGUCCCUUCAAGCGUCAUCCUUAGAUACGGUUGCAGAGACAUGGGAGCGCGAUGAGAGCUUUGUGGUGAGGUCUCGUACUCUAGGACACCAUCUCCCCCCUCACCAUCGAGCACCGAUCACAGAGCACCUCCAUGUUGCUAUGACAUCUCAGAUUCCCCAUGGUGUUCCAGUCCAGCGGCUCGCCAGUACAAGGAGACUUGUGGCCCCUCAAGUGGGCAUGCUCACGAGAACAACGAGUACCAGCUCCCAAUCCUCUAAUCUAGCUGGCCCACCUGUCUACACCUGCAAUGCAUACUCUCUCCAGCAAGACGUCAUCAUCCAAGACAAAGACUACCUCCCCCAAGACAUCGUUUUCUCUGUCCUCGUCUCACGUAACAAAUACAGCAGCUAUCAGCUCACAGAAUUCGACAUAGCUAUUGAACUCGGCACGUCAGCUGACAAUAAUUGUAUCAUGGAAACCUACGCAGGUCCCGGUGCACGCAUGUUAAGCAACCUUCGAUUCAAUGUUUUGAUGUCUUUUACUACUAUGCCUGUUACAGAGAGGAAGUGUUUGCUGUUGCGGCUUAUUCCGCGAAGUCACAAGAGAUGGAUCAGGAUGCAGGAUGUUCAUGAGAUGAGUUUCAUGCUCACAUUGGCCCAGCUCAAUUCAUUCGCUGGUGAUGAGAGGUUUUCUUUUUACACAUCUGCUUAUUACAAGUUUGAUCACGAGCAUGACCCGAUCACCGAUUACUUUGAGGUCACACUUAAGAAGCAUCAUUAG